GUGCAGUAAAGCGUACAGUACCAGUCGGUAGCGGGAGUGAGAGUGGGUUAGUGUCGGCGUGGAUGCAGACAGGGCGCGAUCUUCGGCCGACGAGGUACCGAUAAUCCCGAGUUCAUCAGAUUACCAUGUUGUUGAGGCACUUCUGCAACUUCCUUCUGCUUCCUGCGUUCACCAGCGCCCACCGCUGUGACCUGCAUCUGUCACUAGAGAAAGAGCAGGCACGCCAGGUACCAGUCUCGAAUCCGGUCUAUUACCUCCCAGCCUCCGUUGACUUGAGAACGAAGGUCUUUGUAUCCCGGCGAGCAAGCACUUGGCAAGAAGGUUUCUUUACCAACAAGGCAACCUCGUAGUUUCCGUCCCGAGAUCAUUGAUCACUGACGACGCCAAGCACUGUCGAGGCCGUUAGUCGGCUUUCCACCUAUCUGGAGUUCGGGAACGUUUGGCUAUUUAAGGGCAUGUAUUUCAUACCCGAACCUUUAGGCCAUGAUCCCCACAAAUGCCCCCAAGCUCGGGGCAAUUUAAUUGAUGGAUGAACCCACUUAUUUGGACUUGCGAUAUCGAACGGCGCUUUAUGAUUGCUUCUCUGGAAUUUUUUUCGUAUGGAUUCCGAAUGCAGGGGGGCUAGUGCAAACGCGGGGUUUGAUGGUCUUCGAAUACGCAGUUCAACUGACACUGUAAAGUGGAUCUCUGUUCGUGUUGUUGUGGUGUCUGAUUCGUGUCUAUGAAUAGAUACUAGUUACCUGUUCCUGUGUGUGUACGGUGGCGUUUCCAGGACAUAUGAG